GGCGGCGGCCGGAAGUGCUGGCGGCCGAGGCCGCGGCGGCUACUGCGCAUGCGCCCUCCUGCCCGGCCCGUUCCCCCCCCCUUCCCCCUUCUCUCAGCCCCCGGACUCGGCCGCUCGGCGACGCACCUCGGCACCUGCCACCUCCGGGCUUCAUGUGAGAGAUGGCGAAUGCCGAAGUGAGCGUCCCUGUGGGUGAUGUGGUGGUUGUACCAAGUGACGGAAACGAAGGGGAGAACCCGGAGGAUACCAAAACCCAAGUGAUCCUGCAGCUCCAGCCGGUGCAGCAGGGGAUUUACCAAGAGGGCUCCGAGGCCAGCACCGCCGUAGUGGCCGUCGAAACCCACACCAUCCACAAGCUAGAAGAAGGGAUCGACCCCAGCACCAUUGAAACCAACGAGGAAAUUGAAAUCGCCUAUCCCAUCACCUGUGGGGAGAGCAAAGCCAUCCUGCUCUGGAAGAAGUUUGUCUGUCCAGGAAUUAAUGUCAAGUGUGUAAAGUUCAAUGACCAAUUGAUCAGCCCGAAGCAUUUUGUUCACCUGGCUGGGAAAUCUACCCUAAAGGACUGGAAGAGAGCCAUCCGCCUCGGAGGAAUCAUGCUGAGGAAGAUGAUGGACUCGGGACAAAUUGACUUCUACCAGCAUGACAAAGUUUGCACCAACACCUGUCGAAGCACCAAGUUCGAUCUCCUGAUCAGCAGUGCCAGAGCACCGGUGCCGGGGCAGCAGAGCGUGGUGCAGACUCCUACAUCAGCCGACGGGAGCAUCACCCAGAUCGCGCUGUCGGAGGAGAGCAUGGAGGAGGGGAUCGAGUGGAACUCGGCUCUAACGGCUGCCGUCACCAUGGCCACUGAGGAAGGCAUGAAAAAGGACACGGAUGAGAUCUCGGAGGACACGCUGAUGUUCUGGAAAGGCAUAGCUGAUGUGGGGCUGAUGGAAGAGGUUGUGUGCAACAUCCAGAAGGAGAUAGAAGAAGUCCUAAGAGGCGUCCAGCAGAGAUUGGGUCAGUCUCCAUUCCAGAUGACAGAUGCUGCGGUCUUGAACAACGUUGCUCACACAUUUGGCCUAAUGGACACAGUCAAGAAGGUUCUGGACAACAGGAAAAACCAGACAGAGCAAGGAGAGGAACAGUUUCUUUACACACUGGCAGACCUGGAGCGGCAGCUGGAAGAGCAGAAGAAACUUGCCAAGGACCAGAAGGCGAAGUCCCAAACCAUCCAGAACGUGGUGCUGAUGCCCGUCAGCGCUCCCAAGCCCCCCAAGAGACCCCGCCUGCAGCGCCCAGCCUCCGCCACCGUCCUCAGCCCCUCCACCCCCAUCCAGCAGCCGCAGUUCACGGUCAUCUCGCCCAUCACUAUCGCGCCUGUUGGACAACAGUUCUCCGUGGGCAACAUCCCGGUGGCGACCAUUAGCCAAGGCUCCAGCCCGGUGACUGUUCAUACCUUGCCGUCUGGCUCCCAGCUCUUCCGAUACGCCACCGUGGUGUCCUCCUCCAAGACCAGCUCCUCCGACACGGUCACCCUCCACCCGUCCUCCAGCCUGGCACUGCUGAGCUCGGCGGCCAUGCAGGACAGCGGCGCCCUGGCCAACGUGGCGGCCGUCGUCAACCCUGUGGAACUGGUGGCCAUGGAGUCCGGCCUCACUUCCACCAUCCAAGCCGUGGAGGGCACCUCAGACGACGGGCAGACCAUCAUAGAGAUCGACCCGGCGCCAGAUCCUGAAGCGGACACAGACGAGUCGGAGGGGAAAGCUGUGAUCCUGGAGACAGAGCUGAGGACUGAGGAGAAAGUGGUGGGAGAUGUGGAGGACCAUCAGCACCAGGUCCAUAACGUGGAGAUUGUGGUCUUGGAGGACUAGUGGGGAAGGCAAGCGUCAGUUUGGGGAAGAGUUGGGAAUUCAUUUUAUUUUGGGCUUUUUUGUUAAGCAUCUUUUCCAGCCACCCCAUUUGUUUCCAUGGAUAUUUCCUUUGUACUGUAUAUUUUAUAUAUAUAUAUAUAUGUGUGUGUGUGUGUGUGUGUACAUAUAUAUAUAUAAAAACUUUUUUUUCUUUUAAAACAAAAAUGCUGGAGAAACACGUGAGACCUGGAAAAGGCUCCGUCUCUGUGAAGCACUGAACAGUACCGCCUGUUCGCAGGGUCGAGGAGAGACUGGAUCUCUGCUGAACAACCCAAACUGGGAGGAACUGGAUGAGGGCUCCUGGCACUGGGAGCAUGCUGUGGUGUGGCCACGUGCAUGGGGCUUCUGCUCCGGGCCUGCCCCGGCCCCAAAUAUUUUAUUUCAGAGAGACAAUAACCAGUGGCUGGAGCGUUGAUGUGACUGUGGGAAGGGGUGACGGCUUUGGGGUGGAACAGGUACCUCAUUUGUAUUUUUAUUUUCCUCCAGGGAAGGGAAUUCUGUUGGACUCUUCACUGUCACCUCAACUGGGAUUUUUUUAAUUAUUAUUCUUGCUUUGGGGAAGACAGCAGUAACCCUGACUUUACUGUCUAUAUUCUCCUCCUCCUCCACACAAAUUGUUUUUAUAUUUAUAUUUUUUGGUAUUUCUUUGCGCUCUCUCCCUUCCCUUGUCCAGAUUUCCCAGCUGCAAAGCCCUGGGACCUCCUCUCGCCAGUCUCGGGGGGCUGCUGUAUCCCAAUCCCACCUCUUCCCGUGGCACUUUUCCCCCAUCCCUUUUCCCGCCUGGCCAGGCUCAGUGCUGCAAACGCCGCUUGGAGACUCCGAGAUCACUUCAGCCUUUUGCAGAAAGGCAAAAAAAGAA